UUCUUCACAGCCACUUUAAUCUUCCUCCUCCAAUAUUUCAAACUACUCUCUAUCAGCUAAGCUUGAUACAUUUUCUUUCUUCCAACAAGAAGAGAUGGCUGAUGCAAUCCUGUAUGGCGUUGUGCAGACGAUCAUUGAAAGCUUGGGCUCCUCCACUCUCCAACCGAUCGGAUCGAUUUGGGGUGUCAAAGAUGAUCUCGAAAAAAUGAAGAACACUGUUCUCGCUAUUCAAGCUGUACUUCAGGAUGCGGAGGAGCAACAGGUCGAGAAUCACCAAGUCAAGCACUGGCUCAUGAAUCUCAGAGAUGCAGUUUAUGAUGCGGAUGACUUGUUGAGCGAGUUCACCACUCAUGUGUUGCAGCAAAAGGUGAUGGAUGGUGAUAAAAUUGUAAAGAAGGUACGCAUUUUCUUUUCUAGUUCAAACCCAGUUGUUUUUGGUUUUGAGAUGGCUCGCAAACUAAAGGCUAUGAGGGAGAGGUUUAAUGAUAUAUCAAAUGAUAGGGACCAAUUUCAGUUGAAGUUGGUAGGUUGUCCUUUAGAGACACGAGUUUUGACUAGGGGGAGGGAUCAAACUCACUCUUUUGUAACUGAUGAAGAAGUUAUCGGGAGAGAAAAGGAUAAGCAAGCCAUCAUAGAUCUGUUGUUGGACUUCGAUGUGGAAGAUAAUGUUUCAUUCAUAUCAAUAGUGGGAAUUGGUGGGCUAGGAAAAACCACACUAGCCCAAUAUGUAUUCAAUGAUGAGAAGGUCCAAACUCAGUUUGAGUUGAAGAUAUGGGUGUGUGUCUCUGAUGUCUUUGACAUUAAAACAAUUGUUGAAAUGAUAAUUGGAUCUGCAACAGGUGAAAAACCCGAGAACCUAGUCAUGGAUCCAUUGCAAAAUGAACUUCGUAGAACUCUCAACCAAAAGAAAUACUUACUUAUAUUGGAUGAUGUCUGGAAUGAGGAUAGUGAAAAUUGGUGUAAUUUGAAAAGACUUUUGAUGGGUGGUGCAAAGGGAAGUAAGGUGGUGAUAACUACACGAACCAACAUGGUUGCGGAGAUUACUAGUACUAUCUCACCGUAUUUUCUAAAAGGCUUGUCAAGGGAUCAAUCCUGGUCAUUAUUGAAGAAAAUGGCAUUUAAAAAAGGACAGGAGACCAUCAAUUCUAACCUCGAAGCAAUUGGGAUGGAUAUAGUAGAAAAAUGUCAAGGAGUACCUCUUGCUAUAAGGACAAUAGGGAAAGUCUUAUUCUUCAAAAAAACUGAAGAUGAGUGGUUAUAUAUCAAGAAUACUAAACUCACAGAUGUAACUCAAUUAAAAGAUGGUAUUAUGCCGGUUUUAAAAUUGAGUUACGAUUAUCUCCCAUCACAUUUAAAAUGUUGUUUUGCAUAUUGUUCAUUGUUUCCCAAAGAUUAUUUGAUCGAUAAGUUGACAUUGAUACAAUUAUGGAUAUCACAAGGUUUUAUCCAAUCAUCAGAGGAGAGCCAUGAAGUAGAGCAUGUUGCCAAUGAGUACUUUAUGGAGCUACUUUGGCGAUCCUUCUUCCAAGAAGCAAAAGAACAUGGAGGAAUGAAUAGGUGGUUUAAAAUGCAUGAUUUAAUUCAUGAUCUUGCACAAUAUAUAUCAAAGAUUGAUUGUAUACUGGUUGAUUCCAAUGCAAAAAAUGUGAAAGAAAAAGGACACCAUCUAUCGUUUCCAUUUUACAAUGUUUCAUUCUUUGAGGAGAAUUUAAGCACGUUGGUUAAAGCAAACAAGCUACGAACAUUUAUAUUGGCAUACAACAAGUGAAAAUAUGAUAAGGGAACAAUUGAAGAAUCAACUCUCAAAAAACUUAUUUCUACUUUUAGAUACUUGCGUGCAUUAGACCUACAUGGUUUAAAUAUGAAGAUGUUGCCAGAUACCAUAGGUACUUUGAUGCAUCUAAAGUACCUUGACCUUUCCUCUAAUGAUAUUAAGGUUCUCCCUAGAUCUAUUACAAAAUUGGUAAAUUUGCAAACAUUAAAGCUUUGUGAGUGUAAAAAGCUUAGGGAGUUACCGGUAGAUAUUCAAAAAUUGGUCAGCCUCAAGCACCUUGACAUAGAUGGUUGUGAGAAUUUGACUCAUAUGCC